AUGCUCAAUCGCUUUAAUAAAUUUCAAGCCGCUUUGGCCUUAGCCUUAUAUUCCCAAAGCGCCUUGGGCCAGUACUAUACCAAUAGUUCUUCAGUCCCAAGUAACAGCUCAUCUACUGCUAUUUCGUCAAGUUCAUCUGGUUCCGUUUCAAUUAGUAGUUCUAUUGUUCAGUCGACUUCAUCCGCCACUGAUGUCUCGAGUUCUCUCACUGAAUUAAUUACAACUUCGUCUGUUACCUCAAGCUCUGUUGCUACAUCUGUCUCUUCUGGUUCUGAAGUAUCUAGCUCUAUUACUCCAUCUACCUCUUCUGGUUCUGAAGUUUCGAGCUCUGUUGCUACAUCUACCUCAUCUGGUUCUGAAGUUUCGAGCUCUGUUGCUCCAUCUGCCUCCUCUGGUUCUGAAGUUUCGAGCUCUGUUGCUCCAUCUACCUCUUCUGGUUCUGGAGUAUCUAGCUCUGUUGCUCCAUCUACCUCUUCUGGUUCGGAAGUUUCGAGCUCUGUUGCUCCAUCUACCUCUUCUGGUUCUGAAGUUUCGAGCUCUGUUGCUACAUCUACCUCAUCUGGUUCGGAAGUUUCGAGCUCUGUUGCUCCAUCUACCUCUUCUGGUUCUGAAGUUUCGAGCUCUGUUGCUACAUCUACCUCAUCUGGUUCUGAAGUUUCGAGCUCUGUUGCUCCAUCUACCUCAUCUGGUUCUGAAGUUUCGAGCUCUGUUGCUACAUCUGCCUCUUCUGGUUCUGAAGUUUCGAGCUCUGUUCCACCAACUUCAUCUAUUUCUGUUUCAUCCGCUUCUAUAACACAAUCAGGCUCGUCCGCUUCAGGUUCAUCAACCUCUGGCCCAUUAGCUUCAUCCGCAUCUACUAUUCCAUCAGGUUCAUCCGCUUCCGGCUCAUCAACCUCAUCAGCAUCUACUAUUCCAUCAGGCUCAUCCACUUCAGGUUCAUCAGCCUCAUCCGCAUCUUCUAUUCCAUCAGGUUCAUCCGCUUCAGGUUCAUCAACCUCAUCCGCAUCUACUAUUCCAUCAGGUUCAUCCGCUUCCGGCUCAUCAACCUCAUCAGCAUCUACUAUUCCAUCAGGCUCAUCCGCUUCAGGUUCAUCAGCCUCAUCCGCAUCUUCUAUUCCAUCAGGUUCAUCAACCUCCGGCCCAUCAGCCUCAUCCGCCUCUGGUUCCUCCGCUCCUGGCGUCUCAAGUUCAAUUCCUCAAUCAACCUCAUCCACUUCUGGUGCCUCGAGUGCUAUCACUUCCGGCACAUCGAGCUUUAUAACUUCUUCAGCAUCUAGUACAAGUGCAAGUGCAUCCAACUCACUUUCCUCCAGCGAAGGUACUAUUUAUUUGCCAUCAACAACAAUCAGUGGUGAUCUCACUCUUACUGGUUCAGUCAUUGCAACAGAAGCCGUUGAAAUUGCUGCAGGUGGAGAAUUAACUCUAGUUGACGGUGAUAAAUACGGUUUCUUAGCCGAUUUGAUUGUUCGUGGUGCACUGCUCGUCAGAAAGUCUAAGCCAACUUACCCAGGCACCGAAUUCGACAUUUCCGGUCCAAAUUUUGAUGUUUCUGGUACUUUCAACGCUGAAGAACCCGCUGCUUCGUCUGCCUCCAUAUACUCAUUCACACCUGGCUCUUUUGCAAACAGCGGUGACAUUGCUUUAAGCUUAUCCGAAUCCAGUAAAGGUGAAGUUACUUACUCUCCAUACUCAAACUCUGGUGCAUUCUCUUUCUCUAACGCUAUCAUCAACGGUGGUUCUGUCUCCGGUUUGCAACGUAGAGCUGAAGAUGAAGGAUCAGUUAACAACGGUGAAAUAAACCUGGACAACGGAAGUACCUACGUGGUUGUUGAACCUGUUUCCGGUAGUGGUACUGUCAACAUAAUCUCUGGCAACCUUUACCUACACUACCCAGACACCUUCACUGGUCAAACUGUUGUAUUCAAGGGCGAAGGUGUUCUUGCCGUUGACCCUACCGAAAGCAACACUACUCCUAUUCCUGUUGUUGGCUACACUGGUAAAAACCAAAUUGCCAUUACUGCUGACGUCACUAGCCUAUCCUACGAUAGUGCUACCGGUGUUUUGACUGCAACCCAAGGCAACAGACAAUUCUCUUUUGCUAUUGGUACAGGAUUCACUAGUUCUAGCUUCAACGUCUCCGAAGGAACCUUUGCAGGCGCCUCUGCCUACUACCUAAAUUAUGGUGGUGCCGUUGCUUCUAGUACUACAUCUUCAUCCACUUCUACCACGUCUGGUGCUUCGUCAGUUACUUCUAGUAUAUCCAACUCUGCUACAGGUUCUAGUACAAUCACCUCAUCCGGUGCCUCUGCCUCAGAUUCAAUCACUUCAUCAAGUGCCUCCGUCUCAGGUUCAACAGCUUCGUCUUCUGCUUCCACCUUGACCUCAGGUUCUGCUUCUGUUUACACCACAACACUAACAUAUGCAACCGCUACUAGCACAGUCGUUGUUUCCUGUUCGGAAACAACUGACACAAAUGGUAACACCUACACUAUUACCACAACCAUUCCAUGUUCAUCCACCACUGCUACAAUCACUUCUUGUGAUGAAAGUGGAUGCCAUGUUACUACAUCAACUGGUAUCGCUGCAACUAAAACUGUUUCUUCCAAGUCAUAUACCACUGUGACUGUUACUCAUUGCGACGACAACGGCUGUAGUGAAAAAACUGUUACUUCUGAAGCUCCUAAAGAAACGUCAGCAACCACCGCUUCCACAAGAUCAUACACCACUGUCACUGUUACCCACUGUGACGAUAAUGGCUGUAAUGUAAAGACCGUCACUUCCGAAGCUCCUAAACCAACCACAACAACCGCCACUGUAUCUUCUAAGUCACAUACUACUGCCACUGUCACUCAUUGUGACGACAAUGGAUGUGUUGUGAAGACCGUUACUUCUGAAGCGCCUGAAGCCACCACUACCACGGUGUCCCCAGAAUCAUACACCACUGCUACCGUUACUCACUGUGACGAUAAUGGCUGUAACGUAAAGACUGUUACCACUAAAGCUCCUAAGGAAACUACAGCAACCUCUGCUCUUCCAAAAUCGUACACUGCUACUGUUACUCAAUGUGACGACAAUGGCUGUGAUGUCAAGAUCAUCACUUCUCAAGUUCCUGAAGUUACUUCGACCGCCACCGCAACUACUGUUUCUCCAAAGUCUUACACAACUACCGCUUCUGAGGCUCCUAAGGCAACCUCAUUGACCACUGCCGUUUAUGGAUCAUCUAGCGCAAUUUCCAUUUUCUCCGGAUCCAGCGCUCCAACUACUGCUCCUAAAUCCUCUACUGGUAUCGUUAUUCAGUCCGAAGGUGUUGCUGCUGGUUUGAACACCAACGCUCUGAAUGCUUUGGCCGGUAUUUUCGUUCUUGCCUUCUUCAACUAA